AUGGCCUCAACCACAACGAUGUCUUCACCGUCACCAAAGCCGAAGGCGACCUCCAAGGAUCAGAUCGAAUGCACAAUGUGCUCCCUAUGCGAAAACCCAUGUGGCCAAGUUCCAUCUCCGCCACCUCCUCCACCUUCAUCUCCGCCGCCUUCUCCGCCUUCGUCAUCAUCCAACUGUCCGCCUCCACCGUCGCCGCCGAGCUCCGGCACCACCUACUACUCUCCUCCGCCUCCGGCUCAGCCCACUUACUUCUACUACCCGCCUCCGCAAGGUGGUGGAGGCGGCGGAGGUGGAGGCGGAGCGUUUUAUCCGCCGCCCAAUAACAAGAACUACCCUGUGCCGCCACCACCGAACCCAAUUGUGCCGUACUUUCCGUUUUACUAUUAUAACCCUCCUCCUCACUCUACGUCAUCCAGCUCAGUUCAGCUGAUGACUAGCAGCUACCCAUUAGUUUACAGUGUUGUCAGUGUUGCUCUGUAUUCUGUUCUAAGUUGUUUGUUUUGA